ACUCCUGCCAACCAGCACCCGUGUUACUCUUACUUCCGCCAACCACUGACAGCCGCCUUGACGUCAUCGGCAUCACUUACACUGCAUCUUGGAAAUGUGGGACGGCAUACCACAGGUUGGUGGGGGCCAUAUGGCUCACAGCCAUGGCUAUAAGAACAGGACACAGCACUGAAGUGGUACAGAGCACUGAGAAGGAAUUUCAAAUGAACUUGCAUCGCUAUACACACAUGAAGACAUUAUGAGACAGACAAUGCAGAACAUCAACAGCAAAGAUGAUUUCAUGUGUAGAUCCGGUUCUGAUGAUGAUGAUGAUGAUGAUGAUUUGCCAAGUAAUCAAACGACCCAUGUAAUCACAAAUACAGAGAAUUUCGAUUCGGUUGAAGAUAGCCCAUUUGGUUUAGAUUUCAGCAUUAUACCCGAUUUUACUAAUAUUUUGGAAUUGGCCCCAGCCUAUUCCAUAAAAAUGGAUGAUGCGACGGCUGACGGUAUUCUACGGGACAUAUUGAACAAACCUGAAUAUUGUCACAACGCCGCUAUACAGACCAGCAAUGUUGUUGAUGAGCGACCGUUUUCCCCCCACGCGACAGGGGGUCGGGCUAAAACAUUCGAAUAUAAAGCAGAUGAUGCGGUAGCAAGGCGAUAUGAUCCUACGAUACCAACAGGCCGUGAUACCGUCGCGCAAAUACACAGGCCUAGUACAAGCGGGAAAACAUCAAAACGCACAACCGCCGCUGAAACGGGGAACCAUCAUUUCGCAACAGCAGAUGAUGCAGUAGCAAGGCGAUAUGAUCCUACGAUACCAACAGGCCGUGAUACCGUCGCGCAAAUACACAGGCCUAGUACAAGCGGGAAAACAUCAAAACGCACAGCCGCCGCUGAAACGGAGAACCAUCAUUUCGCAACAGCAGAUGAUGCUGCAGCAAGGCGAUAUGAUCCUACGAUACCAACAGGCCAUGAGACCGUCGCGCAAAUACACAGGCCUAGUACAAGCGGGAAAACAUCAAAACGCACAGCAGCCGCUGAAACGGAGAACCAUCAAUUCGUAACGCCGUCAAUUGUGCAUAACAGCCUAAAGGAUGUUGCUAGGUCAUCGGUUAUGGUGGCGCAUAACGGUUGUAUCAACCCGAACAAACGAAGGCCGGCUCGACCAAGAACGAAUGAGAGAAGUCAUAAUUCAGCAUUUACAGAUCUGAAAAGAAAAUUGUCAUAUUCCGAAAAUGAUAAGCCGCAACGGAGAAGGAUCGCGUUACAAACUGUAUCAUGCGUAAGUAAUGAUGUUGCUGUAACAUCACAACACACAGCGUUUAACACUGCAGACCGGGAUGUCGCUGGUAAUACAAAGACUGUAAAGGUUAAGAGGGCAUCGCGUCUCUCAAGAAGUAAUGUUAAGCAAUUGCCGCAAUCAGCGGUAAUCACAAUUCCAGAUACACAGGUUUGUUCUGAAACAGAAACAAGGCACAUAGCAGGCAUUGGUUUGUUAUCAAAUAUUAACUCAAGAAGUAAUGUUAAGCAAUUGUCGCAAUCCGAUGUCAUCACUAUUCCCGAUACACAGGAUUGCUCUGAAACAAGACACAUAGCUGGUAAUCCUGUGAUAUCAGAUAUUGAUGACAUAAAUGGGCAAGAGCUUAUUACAAACUGUGUAGAGUCAACGACACAAGAUCCGCAGAAUAGUUCUGAUGAAGUAUUAUCAGCCGUUGCAGGAAUACCUGGUAAUACUACAACGGUUGAUUGUGUAACAUCAAUGCCCAAUAUUUUUACAACGACAGCCAUGGUACACGCAUCGGCUGAUGCUUGUGCACCGGCGCGAGGGAUAGCGCCCGACAUAGUUGAUGAAUGUCAAAAUUCAGAACAAUUAGGCCAAGACGCUGAAAUACAAUUUUACGCGUUGUUGGGUAAGAUACGGGAAGAUGUUGAGAACAUGGGCGUAAAAGCCGGAUAUUUGUUAAAACACAUUAAAGGUGUGAGCCACGGUAGUAAAUGUAAACAAGACAUUGUUAAAGAAGUUGUUGAGACGUAUAUGAAUGUCAUGUCAAAAUACAUAGAUCGGUCAGUUAAGACAACUGAAUUUAUUAAAGCCAACAUACAUCAUUUUGCAGAAAUAAAUGAAACUGAGCCGUGACUAGGCAUGUUAGGCAAUGGUUUGAAACGUGUUUUAAAUUUAAAUGCCUGUAAAAAAAA